AUGUCAUUGCGUCAGGUCAUUAAGAAGAUAUCUGCAGAUCUUGAGAAUGAAGGUGAUGGUGCUGUUGUUAGAAAAAGCAUCACCAAGAUUCACCAUGAGUUAUUGGACCCGUUUGUAUCACUAGUAGAAUUUUCCGUUUCACCUCUAGGUGGAUUCAGAGACCAUCCUCACAGAGGUUUUGAAAGUGUUACAUACAUGCUACAGGGAGGAAUCAUAUACCAAGACUUCAAUGGUCAUAAGAUUACAAUCCAUGAAGGAGAUGUUCAGUGGAUGACAGCAGGAAAAGGAAUCAUACAUUCUGAGAUGCCUGAAGAAAAAGUUAACAACGGCUUACAGCUUUGGAUCAACCUCCCUUCCGUUGAUAAAAUGUUCAAAUAG